AUUUGGAGUCUAAAAACUAAAUUAGAUGAGGUAAAGAAGGAUAAUAUAGAAUAUAAAAAACAAAUCACAAAUGUUAAAGCGAUGUAUGAUGAAAAAGUACUAGCAUAUGUGUGUCUUCAAGGACAGUUUAAAGAAUUACAACAUAAUAAUUGCCAGUUAGAGAAGUCAUACGAAAAAAAUUUUCAGCAUCAGCAAGAAAAAAUUGAAGAACUGCAAAAUUUUAAUUUAGAAUUACAAUCGAAAAUGAACAAAAGCGAUAACUCCAGUCAGCUUUCAUUAACACCACCGCCAUAUAAUUAUCUCAGUGCUCAUAUUCACAGUACACCGUACAGUAGUAACAAGAAGAUUCGAGUAAAAGAUUCCCUCUAUUCUGAAUUAAAAGCUUCUGGUUUUAAUUUGGACGAUGCUCAAAAUCAGGAUGUGAAAGAAAAACUUAUAUUUUACAAGGAGGAAAUAGCCAACAUCAUAAAUGUUAUAGAUGAAACAUUAAAAGAUAUAGCUACUUCAAGAAAUGAAAUUUGCGUACCAAAUUUACAGAUUAUGGAAAUGGAUAUUAUUGAGAAUCUGAAAUAUAAAAUCUCAACUUUAGUAAAUUCGGUAAAAACUUGCGCAACUGUGAAAGAAUCUGUCUUGUCGAGUAGGGUAGAUGAUUCCCGAGAGAAGUCCGACGUACUAGCAGAGGCGAAGAAAACGAGUAGUCUAGUUAACGAUCGAGCAUUCACAUCGGUGAAACGAGAGGACGAUUUAAUUGGUUCUGUCACACUGUCAGUCACAUCCAUGUUAUCCAAGGAAGUACAUAGCACAUGCGACAAAUCAAGAUCUUCGGUAAUGGAAACCUCGGAUUGUUCCAAGAAUCUUGAAGCCUUUGAGCCCAAUGAUGAUGAAAGUAUCGAGCCAAUGUCUGAGGCACUCAACAGGAUCAUUGAAUUAAAAGGAUCCGACAAUAUCGAGGAAAUGGAAUCCGUUAUAUAUCCAAUGCACAAGCAAAAGUCGAUUUAUACCGCCAAAAACAAUAUGGAUUGGUUUACCAUGGGAUCCAAAGUUACCCAGUCGAGUGACUCAUCUUCGUACAUCAAUGCAAAAGGGGAUGGACCACGCCAUAACAUUAAUAAUACGAACGAUUCUAAUAGUCAAACAUAUCAAAUAAAUGCCACCUCGGAUAAUCUUAAAUCGGCCUUUACAAAAUAUAGUUCUAACAACGACAAAUCAGUUAAUGAACUUGAUAUGAGAUAUGUAACAUUAAGGUCAAUUGACGAAACAUAUUUAUUAAAUCCUGUGGUGUCUAGUUCAGAAGAAAAUUCACCAGGAUUGCAGCAAUUUAAAACUGAUUCAAAACCGCAAGUCAUGGAUUACCAUACCCCUGUUCAUAAUCAAAAUCAAAAAAUUACACCGCAUAGGAAACUGUCGGUCUGUUAUCCGACUUUUGGUAUCGAUAGUUUGCAAAUACCGGAUAGCGCGCAUAAUGCAAGUGGUGAGAUAAGACAUUCGUUCGCUACGUCGAAUACCGAAGGAAGUGAAUACACCGACUCUAGUAUAAAGCUAUCCAUACCUCUUGAAUCGAGCGCUACAAGGGAUCAAUUGAUGAAUUCGUAUCGAUGCCCGAACAACAAUGAUUCAUCUAGUAGCUCAUAUUCAAAAACGGAUGAGUCUCCUGUAUCGGAGCCCAUGGAUGAUUCGAUCAAUGAAGCCACGAAAAUGAUCAAGAAAGUAAAUCUCGCCCCGUCAAAAUUACAAUUUUCCGAUUCAAUUUCCAACCAAACGCUCCCAGUAAACGGAGAAACGAAAAAUUGGAAAACAAAUACAAUUUCACAGAGGAAUUCUGAAUUUGAAACGUUUUCUGAAAAUAUUGCAGCGCAACAGUCAAGAAUCUUGAGCUCGUCUUCAAACUUGAUGAAAGCAAACGAACAGAGAGACAAAUAUAAUAUUACGUUAGACUCACGAAAUAUUGGUGGCAGUGCGUCAUUCUCUGAAUUUACUAAUGAUCUAACUAAUCAAUGUCUUAGUAGUAAUAAUUCAGUUGGUUAUCAAAACAAUGCAUAUAAUGUGUUUUUAUCUAAUGCAGACAAAAAUGAUCAGACAUAUACAAAAAAAGGCGUGAGCACCGAGGGGAGGAGGCAGCGCGCCGCUAUCGUUGCAUCGACGACGACCGCCGCCUCGGGCGCCGCCGUUGCCGCAGCCGCAGCCGCUGUCGGCGUAGGGGCCAGUACCCGCAGCUGCAGCGGCGAGGAGUCGACGACGACAGUCGGGCGCGCGAUGUCCAGCGGCGAGGAGGAGGAGAGCUCUGCAGAGAGCGAGUGCGAGGCGCCCCGACCGACGUCGGAUAACACGGAGGCCGAGGAGCCGGCGCUAGAGGACAAGGUCGAGUUGAUAAUAAAUGUAAAUGGCAUCGAUACGGAUAAUAAUUGCCAAAAAAUUAUAUCCAAUUCACCAUCUCAUGAUGUGGUUAAAGAAGAUGAAAGUCCAAAGGCUUUUCCAAGUUGGACGGAUGAAAGGCUUCAAGAAUCCGGAAUCGCCAGUUUUCCCGACAUUAAUUCUGAAAUAAGCGAGAAUUUAUCCGAGGACGAGCUCAAGAAGAAAUACACGGCAUUUUCUAUUGGCCUGGGUACCGACAGAAUGACUCUGUCUAAAAGGAUGAUUUUAUCCCGCCGACAUCGUGAUCAGGCUGAAAAGAACUUUACCAACGAAGUAUCGAAAAUGCAACAGGACAUUAAGGAGUUGGCGCCGCUGUGCGUCGACAGCGAGUCGGUGGAGCGGGUCGAGCGAGUGAAGCAGCAGCUGGAAAUGGUGGCGCGUUGCGCCCAUAGGAUCUCGUGCAGCGCCGAGACCCUCGGCGCGGUUCAUCAGGAACGACGGGUGUCGAGGGCGGUGCUACUGGCGGACAAGUACAUGCAGACGCUGCGGACCAAGUGCGAGAAGCUCGCCGUUGAACUCGCCGAAACGAAGCGAAUCCUUGCGGAGAACAACAUCGUACUCGAGGAGAACUUGAGCGAAAUGGGUGACGACUUUCCACGCGUUCGGUACCGUGGCGUACCCAACAAUAAUCGUACGAUGAUGGCUAGAAGAAGAGCUAGUAUUGCUGCGAUAUCGCGACCAUUGAUGGGCAGCAACCAAGACAUUUCAAAGGAACUUCCAAGACAGAGAAACUCUGUGUCUGGGAGAGUUCCAGGAUUACGGCGACCUUCGUUAUGCUUCGAGACGCCAAAAUGGGAGAUCGAAAAAUUAGAUCGAACAGAUAGUUCGAGUAGUAUAUCGGAGAUGCGAGAAAUUUUUGAGCAGACGGAAUCGAGGCGGCAUUCGCAAGAAGAAAAUAAUAAUUCAAUCCGGACGUCAAUAAAGAAUCUUUCGAAUACUAAUGAAUAUAUCGAAGGGGAAGACCAUUGGUCGAAUUCACGAGAAGAUAUUGUUCCUGAAUUAUCGAAUGAUAAUGAAAUCAUUUCUGUCGAAAUAGGACAAAAUUAUGGACAUCCUUUCGUCUGUUGGUUAUUGAACAGAUACAUGACUUGGAAACCGAUGCUAUGGUGUAUCUUAAUAGCCUUUUUAUUAGGAUUCUUUAUAAAUCGCGUGGUGUCCUCGAGUAGGCGUGAUGGUCCACCACUGUCUUGGUGGUCCAUUGAGGAGAUACUCAAUCAGUAUAUUCAAAUCAACAAUGGAAAGCAUCAGAUACCAAGACCCAUAUAAAUUUUGCAAUUUUCUUUUCUAUAAUAAUAUUCGUUUUAAUUUUAUAA